AUCGUUUUCUUCUUAACCCAUUUACAGACGGACCCGACACAAAGAAAAGUCGGGGAACGAACGCGAACACAACCAAAUAAUGCCUUCGAAGACCUCCGCUCCGGCGGACUCCAUCCCCUACACCGCCGUCCCCACCGUAUACCCUCACAACGUGAUCGUCCUCCCUCACUACCGCCCUCCUCGACCGAACCCAACCCUCCUCUUCCUCCGCCGCUGCUCCGCCUUCGCCGCCGUCGCCCUCCUCCUCUCUGCCGCCCUCUUCUUCCUCUACCCAUCCGACCCGCACAUCACGGUCGCCCGGGUCGGGCUCAACCACAUCCAGGUCCAUUCCUCCCCGAAGCUCACGCUGGACAUCUCGUUGUCCCUCACCGUCAAGGUUCGGAACCCAGAUUUGUUCUCCCUCGACUACGAUUACCUCUCCGUGUCGAUCGGGUACAGAGGGCGGCAGCUCGGCGUCGUGAGGUCGCUCGGCGGCACCGUCAAGGCGAGAGGGUCGUCGUAUGUUAAUGCGACGCUUAAUUUGAAUGGGCUCGAAUUCUUUUUGGAUGCCUUCUACUUGAUCGAGGAUUUGGCCAAAGGAGUCGUCCCUUUCGAUACGAUGACCACGGUCAACGGCGAUCUUGGGCUCUUGUUCUUCGAGAUCCCUAUCGAGGGGAAAGUAUCCUGUGAAGUUUAUGUUAGCACAAGCAACCAGACCGUUGUACGUCAAAAUUGCUACCCUCUGUGACAUGAGAAGCCAUGCAUCAUCAGCAGAGGGCAAGGCUUGUCAAACCCGGAGUAAUUAUGGCGUCCAAUGUACGUGAAGCCUGAUCCUUUUUGUCACCUGUUGGGUAGAAGAGCAAAUUCCAGCUUCUCCUUCACCAAGGGCUUUGCAUACUGUACAGGUGUGUUGUUUUAGACUCGUCGUAGUUAAGCUUCGUGGUCACUGCCUAAUGACGGCCUUCGGUGUUUCAUUGAUUCGGAUGGAUGCAAACUGAUGGAUAUUAUGCGAGACAACUUUCUGUACAUAUACUGAAUUACUCAUAACUGAUUUUUAAGUCUGUUGGGAUGCAAACUGAUGGAUAUUAUGCGAGACAACUUUCUGUACAUAUACUGAAUUACUCAUAACUGAUUUUUAAAAGGAAUCACGGGUUCCACAAUCUUGUCCAAAUACUGGUUUUCAUUUGUUUUUCUUUUUGAAGAGGUAUAUGGUAUGUUGAAGUCUCCAUUGUUGAUGGUUCUUUGCGGGAAUCAUCUUUUCUUCUUCUCACGGGAUCAGAAUCAGUCCUUUUCAGAACCAAGAAGCAAAAUUUGCACUGAUCUAAAGUAGUACUGCACACUCCCCUUUGUUUGGAUCAUUCGAAAAUUAUUUGAUGAAUUAUUGCAGUAUCGGAAUAAAGUGCCGAACAAUUUAUGGCAUCAUCUCUGUUUGAGAUCCUAAAACUUUCUCACAUUGGCGACGGAAUAUGGCAUCCAUUCCAAAGGACGCCGGCGAUUUAACUUGCUAACAUGCGGCAAAUUCUUCAAUUCCCUGCAUUUGGAAUCUCAUUCCUUCCUUCUUAAAAGCCCCUUUAGCUAAAGUCAUCUUCAUUUCCAAUCAACCCAUAACUUCCUUCGAAUUGAGAGAAUUCAUUAAUCAACAGAUGGGUGAUACACUGAUACUGAAACCUUAAGAGCAGGGAUUAUAGAGUAUUGAACAGCUCGGUCUGCCUGGAAAGGAUUUGGGCUUUGCCUUUCUUCACAAAGAUUCACCAAUGGCAUCCCCUGCCAUUUCCAUAGUUGCUAUAUGCACCUAUCCAUUCAAGCUUCAGUUUUUCAUCAUGGAUGUCCUGUUUUUAAUGACAGAGAUUUUCUCUUGUUCUGUGAUUAGAAGAACAGAGAAGAUAAGAUAGCAAAUAACAGCAUGUAAUUGGUCUCUGAUUUUAGCAUACUUAUACAAACAACGCUGUCUUGAUCAUGUGCAUGCUUCUGCAGUGGCGGUAGCCAUUGAUCUGCUGGCUGCGGCGCCCCAUACAUAAACAGCUCGAUGAUACCUGCACCGGAACGACCCCGGGUGCGUCGUCGGCGAACACACGCACCACCUCAUCAUCCCACCACCGCCUCCUCCCUCUCCACCACCGGCGAUUAUAACUCUCUCUGCUGCCUCCCCUGCAUCCUCCGCCACAUGACCACCAAUCCCCUGCACCAGAUGAUGAUGAUGACAGCGGCCAAACGCAGGAGGAGGGACAACUUGGAGACACAUCUCUCUGUCUCUCCUAUUGUCGAGGAAUGGAAAGGAUGUGAAGAAAGCCAACUUAUGGGUUUCUUUAAAAGAGAAUGAUAUGGGGGGGAGAAUCUCUGCCUCUGGAAGAGAAAUGGCCAAUGGGACGUUGUUGAUGCGAAGAAGCAAAGGAGAAAAAACGGAAAGUGACUGCCAGGCCAAUUUCCCGAAUCCACCACGAUCGAGAGGAAGGAAGGAUGGAAAGGUUUUGAUCCCUGUGGAUUGUUGUAUUCCUUCAUGGAAAGAGAGGGCCGUGCUUUUGUUCCUUAUCUGUGUGGCCUGAUCCCGCCUAGAGCUGUGCUCUCCACAGAAGCAAAAGCAGAGAGGCCAAACAUUUCAGUUGAUUUAGGAGGAGCCACCGCCGAACAAAUUGUGAUAUGUGGAUAGAUGUGAUGGGAGAGUGAUGCACCAACGCAGAUAUACCGAUCAAGUGGCCUAACGGCCGCCGCUAUAAUGAAAGCUGAGGCCACGCUCUUUCUCAUCUCAUUGUGGGCUUGACGGCUUUGGACAGGUGGCGCCAUGGAUGCUUCCACCUGGCGGUACAGUGAUGUCUGGACUGAUCGAUGCAUUCGUGGCCUUAAACAAUUCUAUCCGCUUUCCUUUUGCUGCUUUUUUAUGUUCUGAUAGUUGGACGUAUCUUUAUGCAUGGGUUUUUUUCUCUAAUUGGUGGAAGAGCUAGUUUCGGCUUCUCGUACGGGAGAGAUACUUAAAUUCAGAAUGUUGUGUUUGUUAGGAGU